AUGGCUAUUUUUAUAUAAUUUUAAAGUUUCAUCUUAGGACACGCAAAAGUUAUAAUUAUUCAACAAGAAAAAAAUCUUAAUGAUUUGAAAGAAAAUCACACAGAUAGACAAAAAAACAAGCAAGCAAAUAAUCAUAAAUAAAGAAAAAUAAACUACAGUUUAAAAGAACAAAAAUGGUAAAUGGAAUUGAUGAACAAACAAGUGAAAUGA